CUUCGUCAGCCUCAAUUCUUCGCAACUCGCGCCUUUACCUCCUCUAGGGUAAACGCAUCUCGUCUCCGUCAACCAGGCGAACCAACAGGCCCCAACGAACCUCCGACACACAUCCGGACUCCGCCUUCCAAAUCUCCCCUCAAGGUCUGGCCUAUCCUCGCUAUCUUGGGACUAGGCACAUACCUGUUCAACCAGAUCGUUGAGCAGCGCAAAGGCGAGGGAUACCAACCCAAAGGACCGAUUCAGGGCCAUUCACCCAGUGGCAAAGGACAAGUGAAGCCUUCGCAUCCUCACUAGCCAAUAUGCCUGCUAUCGAAGGAACUGCCGCCGGCAGCCGCUCUUCUCCUCUCUGGUCCAGCGACGAAGUCACUGUACUCUUCGUCCUCGGUGGUCCUGGUGCAGGAAAGGGCACUCAAUGUACAAAGCUCGUCAGCGACUAUGGCUUCAAGCAUCUCUCUGCUGGCGACCUGCUUCGUGAGGAGCAGGACCGUGCGGGCAGCGAGUUCGGCGAGAUGAUCAAGACAUACAUUAAGGAGGGCACCAUUGUGCCAAUGGAGGUCACCGUUCAGCUGCUGGAGAAUGCUAUGAAGAGUAGCAUUGAGAGCGGAGAGAACCACGGAAAAUUGUUCUUGAUUGAUGGUUUCCCACGAAAACUCGACCAAGCUCACGCAUUCGAGCGCUCUGUCUGCCCAUCCAAGUUCACCAUCUUUUUUGACUGCUCCGAGGCCGUCAUGGAGAAGAGACUUCUCCACCGUGGCGAGACAUCCGGUCGCGCGGACGAUAACCCGGAGAGUAUCCGAAAGCGCUUCAGGACAUUCGUGGAGACAAGCAUGCCUGUGGUCAAAGAGUUUGAAUCGCAGGACAGGGUUGUCAAGAUAAACGCGGAACAGGAGCCAGACCAGGUCUACCGGGAUGUGCAGGAGAAGCUCAAGGAGCGUGGCGUGAAGCCCAUCAAUCUUACAUUUGUACAGACACAGGCUUCAUAGACAGUGGGAGGGGCGCAAGAAUCAAUAUAUCUGAAUUGCAUUGUCUAUCAUGCAGCUCGAGGGCUGCUGUUCAUGAACCUGAAAAGCCUCAUAAUGCAUCUGUCCCAAGCUUACCCCUUUUGAAAGAAACAAAC